AUGGAAUUUGAGGAGCUAAAGGAAGCUAUAGAGAAAGCAGAGCUAGUUGAUGCUCACGCGCACAACAUUGUUGCUCUCGACUCUUCUUUCCCGUUCAUCGGAACUUUCUCCGAGGCUACCGGCCACGCUUUAUCCUUCGCUCCUCACUCUCUCUCCUUCAAGAGGAAUUUGAGGGAAAUUGCUCAACUUUAUGGCACUCAAGUAUCGUUGGAGUCGAUUGAGAAACAUCGACAAAACUCGGGUUUGGAUUCUUUUACUUCCAAGUGUUUUAAACAAGCAAGAAUCUCUGCUCUGCUUAUUGAUGAUGGAUUGAAGCUGGACAAGAAACAUGACAUUGAAUGGCACAGAAAGUUCGUUCCAUUCGUUGGUCGAGUAUUGCGAAUCGAAACUCUUGCCGAGCAAAUCCUCGACCAGGAGAGUCCUCAUGCUCCUUCUUGGAAUUUGGAUUCUUUCACUAAAGCCUUUGUUGAACGAUUGAAUUCAUAUCCUUUACCUAUUCAUAUUGUUGCUUUCAAAACUAUUGCUGCUUAUCGUAGCGGUUUGGAUAUUGAUACUCAUGUGAGUAAACAAGUUGCUGAGAAGGGCCUCGUCCAAGUCUUGCAAGCUGGAAAGCCUGUCCGUAUUGAAAACAAAGGCUUGAUUGAUUACAUUCUUACGUGUACUUUGGAGGUCGCUCAACGUUGCGGCUUGCCUUUGCAGAUUCACACAGGUUUUGGUGACAGGGAUUUGGAUUUACGGUUGUCAAAUCCGCUUCACCUUCGAACCCUUCUUGAGGACAAAAGAUUUGCAAAGUGUCGUAUUGUUCUUCUACAUGCAUCUUAUCCAUUCUCAAAGGAAGCAUCAUUUCUGGCUUCAGUUUAUCCUCAGGUUUACCUUGAUUUCGGGUUAGCGGUGCCAAAGCUUAGUGUCCAUGGUAUGGUGUCUUCAGUUAAGGAGCUUCUAGACUUAGCCUCAACAAAGAAGGUGAUGUUCAGUACUGAUGGAUACGCAUCUCCUGAAACGUACUAUUUAGGUGCAAAGAAAGCACGCGAGGUCAUCUUCUUAGUUCUACGCGAUGCAUGUGCCAGUGGUGAUCUCUCACUUAUGGAAGCUAUUGAUGCAGCUAAAGACAUCUUUUCACGAAACUCGAUUGCAUUUUAUAAGCUUGAUGUGGACAUAAAUUCUUGUAGUCCACAAAGUAGAAUCUCUCCCAAAUUACAGAUUAAGGAGGUUGAUGUGCAAGAAGACAGUAAUUCGUUUGUACGCAUUAUAUGGACUGAUACAUCUGGACAACAAAGAUGCCGUGCUGUUCAAGCGCAGCGUUUUAACAGUAGCGUGAUGAAGAAUGGUGUUGGUCUAACUUUUGCAUCAAUGGGGAUGUCUUCAUUUUCUGAUGGACCAGCAGAAGAGUCUAUGUUGACUGGUGUGGGUGAGAUUAGACUGGUUCCAGAUCUAUCAACUAAGCAGACAAUACCGUGGACGAAGCAAGAGAGCAUGGUUUUAGCUGACAUGCAUUUGAAGCCUGGUGAAGCAUGGGAAUACUGUCCAAGAGAGGCCUUAAGAAGGGUCACAAAUGUUCUUAAAGAUGAAUUUGACUUGGUAAUGAAUGCUGGUUUUGAGAAUGAGUUUUAUCUCCUCAAGAAUGUUGUGCGGGAAGGGAAAAAAGAUUAUGUGCCUUUUGACUUUGGUCCUUACUGUUCCGCAUCCUCAUUCGAUGCCGCGGCUCAUAUAUUCCAUGAAAUUGUACCUGCGCUUGAGUCCUUGAACAUCACAGUUGAACAGUUUCAUGCUGAAUCCGGAAAAGGUCAGUUUGAAGUAUCUUUGGGACACACCAUUUCAUCUCGUGCUGCGGACAAUUUGGUUUACACGCGUGAAGUUAUAAGAUCGGUUGCAAGGAAACAUGGAUUGCUCGCGACCUUUGUUCCAAAGUAUGAUUUAUGUGACAUUGGUUCUGGAUCACAUGUGCAUCUGAGUCUUUGGAAGAACGGUGAAAAUGUCUUCCCGGCAUCAGACAAAUCAUCUGCUUGUGGAAUGUCUUCCAUCGGAGAAGAGUUCAUGGCCGGAGUUUUGUUUCAUCUACCUUCAAUCUUAGCAGUUACAGCUCCACUUCCAAACAGCUAUGACCGAAUCCAACCUAAUACAUGGAGUGGAGCAUUCCAAUGCUGGGGUCAGGAAAACCGCGAAGCGGCAAUAAGAACUGCUUCUCCACCGGGAACUCCUGAUGGUUUAGUUACUAACUUCGAGAUCAAAUCUUUUGAUGGCUCUGCGAAUCCUUAUCUUGGUUUGGCCGUUAUUAUGGCUGCUGGUAUUGACGGUCUUCGACGGCACCUCCAACUUCCUAGUCCAAUAGAUACAAACCCGGCCGAUGUAGCUGCUACAUUGAAGAGACUUCCUGAGUCGCUCUCCGAAGCUGUUGAAGCACUGGAGAAUGACAAAGUCCUCCACGAGUUGGUCGGACGAAAGCUAUUAGUUGCCAUAAAAGGAGUCCGUAAGUCUGAGAUCGAGUAUUAUGCGAAGAACCCGGAUGCAUAUAAGCAACUCAUUCACCGAUACUAA